UAAGUUAUCAGAAUUUAAAUUGUUGAUAGCAGGCACACGAGCACUUUAAAUGGCUGGAAUAAUAAUGCACACGCAGCCUAAUUAGUACAUUAUUUUUCUGGAACCUAAUGUGUGUUUAGUAUUGCACAACUGAUGUAAACACACAUAACAUACAUCCGACCACAAACACACACAUACUGGCCUGACCUUCCAUUUGCUUUGCAUAAUAAAAUCCUGCGAGUGUAAAACAGAUCCAGUAGAAUAAUGUUUUUAGUGGCGUGGCCCUCGGUAUAUAAACAAAGAAACAAUUAAGAUGCGUGCCAGAGCAAACAGCACGCUUUAGUGAACUCUUCAUUCACUCGCAGUGAGGGCCUCGAAAUCACACCGCUCGGCUGUGACUGUUUCAAACCAGCGAACGCGAGGAAAACAAUCUAUGAAAAUUGCAGCGCGCUCUGCGGGGCCAGUCGUGGUUAAUUUUAAAUGCUUAAAAUGAGAAAGUAAAUCAAUCAUCAGAUGUCUCAUUAAUUGUGAAAUUUGUGUCAAAUGUCAUUUGAUGUGUCUCAGGGGAAUGCCCUUGUUAAGCUUAUUUCUCUGGAGAACUGUUGGAAUGUUUUUUUGUAAAGCCUAGCUGUUUUAAAUUAAGAAUGAAAUUUAUGGUCAAUUAUUAUAUGUAUUUUUAAACGUUCUCUUUUAUUGUUUAUCUGUUGUUUUGUAGUUGUUAUUCCUUAACUAUAAGUUCUUGUUUUUAUUUGACUUUGUGUUCAUUAUUUUGAUGUUGUUGCUUGUUAUGGGAAUAUAGUGGGGUCCAAACGUCUGAGAUCACGUUAAAAGUUAAAAAUGUAAUUUGAAUUAGUAAAUCUGUAGGCUUUUUAAAAAUGUACAGAAGUGAAACAUGAUAACGUAAUAAAUAUGAAAUAUUUGAGAUUCACUGAUGGUAGAUCACUAAAAAAGUGAGCAAAUUUAUGACAACGUUAACUCAUUUUCUUAACUGCCCUUUGCACGAAAGGUCAGACUUCUUUGCUUCCAUUAAAGAACACAAGAUGCCCUUUGGAGCAUUCUCAAAUCAUGCUGGGAUAACAUGCAUCAUCAGGUUUUGCACAAGCUUGUGGAGUUCAUGCCAACCUGAGUGCACGCUGUGAAAUGAUCAAAAUCAUGUGCAUUUCUUUUUGCUCAAAUUAUUAUGCUCAUUAUUAUGAAAACGUUUGUAUUAAAUGAUACAAUGCAAAAUAAAAGUAAGUACUUUGUUUGGACACCACAUGUAUAAACAAUCAUUUUUUUAAUGUUCAGUAUCAGUGUUUAAAUCAUUUAAAUGACCUCCUGAUCUCCAUGUUAGUUUAUAAUGUGUGUGUGUGCGUGUUUCGCAGUGCUUACGUCUGUGUGUCUCUUCUCAGGUCUAUGGAAAUGCAGGAUCUAGCUAGUCCACACAGCCGAGUAAGUGGAAGCAGUGAGUCCCCCAACGGUCCCAACAUCGACAACUCGCAUAUAAAUAACAAUUCCAUGACACCAAAUGGCACUGAAGGUGAUAACAUCACUAUGCUUACCACAGCUGACUGGUUGUUAAGUUCUAGUUCACAGUCCGCUGCAGUUAAAACAGAGCCAAUGAGCAGCACUGAAAUCACCACCUCUGUAGCAGACGGCUCCCUAGACAGCUUCCCAGGAUCAGCCAUUGGAAGCAGUGGCUUCAGCCCAAGACAAACUCACCAGUUCUCUCCCCAGAUUUACCCUUCCAAACCUUAUCCACACAUUCUUCCGACUCCUUCCGCCCAAAAUAUGGCCUCGUACGGACAGACGCAAUACACCACAGGAAUGCAGCAAGCUUCUGCCUAUGGCUCGUACCCUCAGCCAGGACAGCCCUAUGGAAUUCCAGCCUAUGGUAACAGCAGUCCAUUGUGGGCAGGCAUCAAGACAGAGAGUGGACUGAACCAGGCCCAGUCUCCAGGCCAGAGCAGCUUCCUCAGCUACAGCUCCGGUUUCUCCACACCUCAGACGGGACAAGCGCCCUACAGUUACCAGAUGCAAGGAGGCAGUUUUACAACAACUUCAGGGCUUUACACUGGAAGCAAUUCCCUCACAAAUUCGACCGGAUUCAACAGUACACAACAGGACUACCCCUCCUAUCCCGCUUUUGGCCAGAGUCAGUACGCGCAGUAUUACAACAAUAGCCCGUACACCUCUCCGUACAUGACCAGUAACAACACUAGCCCCACCACGCCCUCCACUACGGCUACCUACACCUUACAGGAACCUUCAUCAGGCAUCACCAGCCAGGCCCUUUCAGAGCAACCUGCGGGAGAGUACAGUACAAUCCACAGUCCAUCAACCCCCAUUAAAGAUUCAGAUUCGGAUCGAUUGCGUCGGGCCUCGGAUGGAAAGUCACGUGGUAGGGGGAGAAGGAACAAUAACCCAUCCCCUCCUCCCGACUCUGACCUUGAGCGCGUGUUCAUUUGGGAUUUGGAUGAAACAAUCAUCGUUUUCCAUUCCUUGCUCACUGGGUCUUACGCCAACAGAUUCGGAAGGGAUCCACCAACGUCUGUUUCAUUGGGACUGCGAAUGGAAGAGAUGAUCUUCAACUUGGCCGACACGCAUUUCUUCUUCAACGACUUAGAAGAGUGUGAUCAGGUCCAUAUCGACGACGUGUCGUCGGACGACAACGGCCAAGAUCUGAGUACGUAUAAUUUUAGCACGGACGGAUUCCACGCUGCUGCUACGAGUGCCAACCUGUGUCUGGCCACUGGCGUACGAGGAGGCGUGGACUGGAUGAGAAAGCUGGCGUUCCGCUACAGACGAGUAAAAGAAAUUUACACCACCUAUAAAAAUAACGUCGGAGGUCUGCUUGGCCCGGCCAAAAGGGAAGCCUGGUUGCAAUUGCGAGCAGAAAUUGAAGCCCUGACGGACUCCUGGUUAACACUGGCACUGAAAGCACUAACAUUAAUUCACUCAAGGUCAAACUGCGUAAACAUCUUGGUGACCACAACACAGCUCAUACCUGCGCUCGCAAAGGUUCUCCUCUACGGACUGGGGGUCGUGUUUCCAAUCGAAAACAUCUACAGCGCCACAAAAAUAGGAAAAGAGAGCUGCUUCGAGAGAGUAAUUCAGAGGUUUGGGAGGAAAGUUGUUUAUGUGGUGGUGGGCGACGGCGUGGAGGAGGAACAAGGGUCGAAAAAGCACAAUAUGCCUUUCUGGAGGAUAUCUAGUCAUUCUGACCUCAUGGCCCUGCACCACGCUCUGGACCUGGAGUACUUGUAGCAUCACCCUUUUGCUCUUCGGCCCCGCUGUUGUGUUCCAUGCUGCGCACGGGCCCCGAAGACCCACACCCAUCAUCAGCAUCGCCAGCCGGCUGCGUCGCCCAAGUGUCUGCGUUCCAAUAGUAGCAGACCCCAAAAAAUCCUUCACACACAUAGAGAGAGCAAAACCUGAGCGACACGCUCAGCGUGUUGACACAUGGCCGCAAUUCGUCUUAACCCUAAACCUUUUUCGAAGCAGAGGAGAGUGAAUUUAUGGCGCCGCAGCUGCUGGCCCUGGUUACUGUGAAUUGGCUUUUUUUUUUCGAAAGCCAUCAAAAUGUUUUACAGCCCUGUCUGUGCGGGGGACUCGGCAAGGGUUCACACCUGUGACGAAACUGAGCUACCGACGCCUUCAGAACAUAGCAGGACUCCGAUCCCACUGCAACUUGGUGUAAUCAUCCUCCCCGUUUGUUUCCCCCUUCGUCGAUCUCAACCAAUGGUACAAAGACAAUAGGGCGUGGCCUCCUCGGUUCGCCAGCCCCGAUUUGUUAACCUUUGCUCUGGAUGUCCUGCGCUUCUUAUUUAUGAUCUGAAACUUUGUGGAGUGGCACUGGCCCUAAAAAAGGCGCUUUGUUUGAGUGACUUGUGCCUUUUCGCAUCACGGCGUACUUUGAUUCCACUUCAAGAGGAAAAAUGGAUUUUCUAGUAAUUUAAGGAAAAUUUUAACAAAGCGUUAUUUACAUUGCAAAGACAAUCGUGUACAGAAGACAUUUUUUGCGUGUAAAUUUGUAAUCACUGGACUAUUCCUUCCUAUAUUGAUUAAGGUACAUGCUGUGGAAAGGUGGCAAUGUUUUUAUUUUCAUGGAAGUACGUAAAGGCGUUUGCGCGCAGUAACUUGCGCAAACCCUCAAAGUGUUGACGUGUUUAAGGUUUCAUUCAAUAAAUAAAUGUAGAUAAGGAUUUUUUUUGUGAUAACUGUUUUGUCAUGACCAAAAGCAUGGAUGUCAAGUGUCAAUGAUUUCUUAUUUCCUUCAUUGAUGUUUUUUUCUUUGUAAGCUUCUGCUCUUCGAAGUUGGCGAGACUUUUCUCCACAAUGAAAUGUGACACUUUUUUUGGUUGGGAUGUCAUAUAGGGCAGUUUUCUAGAAUGUUCACAGUCUGGGAAGAAUUAUUUAAGUCCCUAGGGUAUCUCGAGCGAAACUCCAAGAAGAACAUCACGGAUUGCAUAAGCAGCUUAUUAAUAAAUACUUGUUAAGAACUUAAUCCUAUGAAUGUCAAACUGAGUGUAAAUGUCUGUGUUCCCACUGCUUUGGAGCUGGAUGUUCAACCCCAACGUCCAGGCAUUCAAAACAAGCUCAAAAUAGGGUUUAUUAUCUUUUGUACCAGCACUACAACGGAAACUCUUGUACAGCAAGUGUAUUUUGUAUGAAGUAGUCUUUUUAUUUUGACUUUAAAAUGUGUCUACUUGAAAAUCGCUGUAGUUGGAUUUUCAAUAUGCAUAUUGAUAGUUCUUAGGUGACUGUGGACUGAGAAACUCUAGCUCUGGACUUUAAGAAAGCAAGCCACUACUCACUCACACGGGCACACAUAUGCGCACACACACACGAUUGAGUUGAGAACAUACGUGUGCUAUCGACUGUGAAUUUCCCCAGCUAACUCAAUCUGUUUUUAAUUUUCCCUCCCAGUACAUGAUGUUGCUUGGCUCCUGCAGGUGAGGUCUUCUUUUGUAGCCUAUUUUUUUUCUCACCACAUUUACAAUUUCACCCCUCUUAUUGCACCCCCAACCCUGCCACCCCCCAUAUCGGGGAAUCACAUUUUGCUGCUAGAUCACGGUAACAGUAGACAUGGGAAAUGUUUUGUAGAUUCAACACGGCGAGAUUUUUUUUAAUGUUGCAAUCAUAAUGCAAACUGGAAAUAAUUUACAAUAUGUGGGCCUCAUUGUGAAACGCAGUUUGUUGUGUCUGCAAAAAAGAUGUGUACAGAUGUUUUUGACAUUAUUAUUUGAUUGUGUUUAAAUUAAUAAAAACUGAUUUGUG